UCCAAGCCCUGCAGAGCCCAAGAAAGAAAGCCCUCUUGAACUCUUCCCGGGGCCUCUGAGAUGCUGACUCUUGCCUCUUCCCUCCUCUUCUUUGCUCCAGCGUAGACUGCUUCCCCAGAACCAACCCUUACACACACACACACACACACACACAUCUGGCUAGACUCGGCCGCCCCUCGCGGAUGUUUCGGAGAUCAGCUGCCACCCACACUUCAGGCGCUGCAAACUUUGCCAGACUGGAGAAGAGCUUCCAUCUUCCUUCCCCGGGGCUCAGCUUCCAAUGAAUUUGGCUGCCCUGCAGCUCUGGGGACAUGCAGGGGUGGUGGCAGCUCUACGUGGCUCAGUGGGCAGCCCUGGCGGUCCACUGCGUGGGGCAGAGCCCUCCCGGGGACGAGGCGGAGCUGAACUAUUACGGUGACAAUGUGAUUGACCUUCUGGAGGCCCUCAACAUCACCCGCUCCGUCGAGGGCGUCACCAAGGCCAAGGGCCCCGAUCCAGGAAUGCCCGCUUGGAAGUUCCGCCAAAGGGUGCCCCACCUGACCCUCCCCUGGGACUACUCCGUCUACCUGCUCUCCACGGUGCAAGCCGCUCUGGGGUUCCAUUUCGUGGCCCGCCAGAGCCGUGGCUCGGAAGGCACCCUCGUCUCUCUGGUUUCUCCAGCCGCCACCAAGCGAGAUGGGCGCCCGCUGCUGCAAUUGGUCUCCAGCACCCGGGCAGAUCACCUCCGACUGGACUACCGCGCCGUGCACAACAUGGAACCUGCUUCCUUGGUCUUCCCCGGCAGCAACCCCUUCGCCCGUGGCCGCUGGGUCCGGCUGGCCCUCAACCUGGAGCCUCACCGCAUCUCCCUCUUUGUGGACUGCCAGGAGCCUGUCGUCUUUGAGAAGGUCGGUGGGGAAGAGGUCCUCAGCCUCAUCCUGCCCCUCGAUCUGCAGAUCACCUUUGCCAGUUUGUCUGGAGACAGGAGCAGCAAAUUCUUGGGCUACUGGCAGACGGCAGAGAUCUCCCCCAGCGGCUUCCCACACCAUCCCUGGCACUGCGAAAACCUGCCAGAACCUGAGCCGCUGCCUUUGCCCUACGCCGUGGCGGAAGAGCACUAUGUGGGUUUUCCAGGACAGUACCUCUCUCAACUGGACUCCUCUCCGCCUGCUGAGCCGCUGGCCCUCACGGACAUCCGCCAUUACCAGCGGGAGCCCAGCGAAUCCGAUUUCCCAUCCCCGGGGGUUGCGCAGUCCGGCCCCGGCAGCCCAGAAGAGAGGAUCCGGAGGCUGGAGGAACUUGUGGACGGACUUGGGACCAUGCUGGAUAUGGUGAAAGAGCAGAAUUCCAACCUGCUGGGCCGGGUGAAGUCCCUGGAAGAGUGCGAAUGCCGGCCACUGACCUGCCUUUGGGAAGGACGGCGCUACGCAGACGGCACUUCCUGGGAGCAAAACCCCUGCACCACUUGCCUGUGCGUGCGGGGCAAGCCGGAGUGUUCGCUGAGACACGACCGCCCACUUUGCCUGGGUUGCACAAACGGCAAAAAGGAAGGCGAGAUCUGGGCCCCCGAGCCGUGUCAGACUUGCCGGUGUGAGGGUGGCACAGUCUCUUGCAAGAUGGAGGACUGCCCCCCACCUGCGUGCCAACACCCCUUUGUGCCCGAGGGGAAAUGCUGCCCGGGGUGUGGCGGCUGCCUGUACAAGGGGCACCACCUGGCAGAUGGGCAGAGCUACCUGGGGGAGUCAUGUCUCCAAUGUACCUGCAAGGCGGGCACCGUGCAAUGCCUAGCAGUCCAGUGCCCGGAGCUGACAUGCCGGGAACAUCACGUGCCACCGGGGGACUGCUGUCCAGUUUGCCGUCCAGGCUGUGAGUAUGAAGGGCGCCGCUAUCAAGAGGGAGAGGUCUUUGUGGCUGAAUCCAACCCCUGCGUGAACUGUUCCUGUCUGAGAAGCCUCGUCCGGUGCCACCCAAUCCGGUGCCCCUUGACCCGCUGCUCCAAGCCCAUCGCACAGCCGGGCCAGUGUUGCCCCAUCUGCCCAGCUUGCGAGCUGGAUGGACGUCCCUUGGAACCCGGACAGAAGGGCCUCUCUGCGGAUGGGUGUCGACGCUGCUCCUGCUCUGAAGGGGAGCUGCUCUGCGUCCCGGCUCAGCAGUGCCCCAAGACUUGCGCCCACGGAGUGCCCCCCGCGGCCGGCUCCUGCUGCCCGGAUUGUUCCAGUUGCCUGUUCCAAGGAAGGCUCGUUCCCAGCGGAGUGGAAUUCACCGGCCACCAUCUUUGCGAGCGCUGUGUUUGCAAGGGCGGGAACGUUGUCUGCUCCCAGAUCACUUGCCCAAAGCUGGACUGUACCUCAAGAGAGGAGGUGGCUGGAAAAUGUUGCCCCCGCUGCCAAGGCUGUGUGGACGGAACCAGCCGAUAUGAGCACGGAGAGGAAUGGACCCCCACCACGGACCCUUGCCUGAAAUGCAAGUGCCUGGAAGGCAAUGCCGCCUGCAAGCGGAGGCAGUGUGCCAGCCUGUGCCGCCACCCAGCCCGCCCUCGUUGGGGAUCCUGCUGCCCUGUUUGUGAUGGUUGCCUAUGGGAAGGACGGGAGUAUCGCAGUGGAGAUCCAGUGCCGAGCGCCGACCCUUGCAAGCGGUGCAGAUGUAGGGCCGGGGAGGUCUCCUGUGAGCGGCUGGAUACAGACUGCCCCCCAGCACCCUGCAGCCACCCUGGCAAAGUGCCCGGCCAGUGCUGCCCGACCUGUGAUGCUUGUGAAUUUGAAGCCCGCCUGUACCCGAACGGAGAGACCUUCACUCCUGGUGAGGGCAGCCCCUGCCUGCAAUGCACUUGCACAGAUGGCCGCAUUCACUGCCAGGAGGAGAUCUGUCCCCCCAUUACCUGCUCCCGGCCCGUCCAAGACUCGGAGCGCUGCUGCCCACUCUGCAAAGUUUGUGUCCUCGAAGGUGUGGAGUUCGAGGAAGGCACCAAUUGGGAGCCAGAAGGGGAUCCCUGCAGCACUUGUGUCUGCCUCCAGGGGGAGCCAGUGUGCAGUGCCAUCCAGUGCCCACCUGUCCUUUGCAAGCAUCCUGCCCAGCUUCAAGGGUCCUGUUGCCCAUCCUGUCAGCAGUGCUCCUAUAAACAGCGGCUCUACAAUAACAGGCAAGAGUUUGUGGACCCAGACAACGCUUGCCAAAGCUGUCUGUGUACGGAUGGCACAGUUCUGUGCUCCCCCACAGUGUGCCCACCAGUGGUUUGCCCCCACCCAGAGAAGAGGCUUGGACUCUGCUGCCCCAAAUGUCCAGACUGCACUCUUGACAACCGUGUGGUUCUGGACGGAGAGGAGCUCCCCAACCCGCAGAAUCCCUGCCAAGCUUGUUUAUGCACCCAUGGCGAGCUUUCCUGCACGGAGCGGCACUGCCCCGGCGCUCUCUGCGCCCACCCCUUGCCAGGAUCCUGUUGUCAGAACAACUGCAACGUCUUUAGAGGGGACGUGUCCUGUGUGCCCCGCCUGUGCCCUGUGGCGCCCUGCCCACACCCGUUGUGCGACCCCUGCGGCUGCCCCAUGUGCGACGGCUGCAGCUUCCACGGUCGAGACUGCGGAGAGGGGGAGCGCUUCCCAGACCCCCAAGACGCCUGCCGCCAGUGCACCUGCUCGGGUGGCACCGUGACAUGCUUGCCCACCCCGUGCCCACCAGCGGCUUGCAAGAACCCAGUCGCUCUGCCUGACCAGUGCUGUCCCAAAUGCAUGGGAGUCUGCCACUCCCAGGGGCGUCUCUACCAGAGCGGCGAGACCUUCACUUCCCUGCAAGACGCCUGCCAGACUUGCACGUGCUUGGCGGAAGUGGUGACGUGCCAGCCGAAGUCCUGCCCGCAGCAAUGUUCCCACCCCGUGUCCCCCAUCGCCCCAGCCUGCUGCCCGACCUGCGACAGCUGCCUAUAUGAGGGCCAGAAGCAUGCCAACCGACAAACCUUCGUCCCGCCCUCUGAGCCCUGCCAGCGCUGCAGUUGUCUGCACGGGAACGUGGCCUGCACCCCCCUUAUCUGUCCUCCAGCCCCUUGCGCCAGCCCCCUCCACAGGCCAGGCCACUGCUGCCCACAGUGCCCCGUGUGCCAGCAUGCAGGCCAGGAGUACCCCGAAGGUGCCCAGUGGAUCUCAGCCUUGGAUCCCUGUCAGCAGUGCUCCUGUGUGAAUGGAGAGCCUUCCUGUGAGCCGGUGCCCUGUAAAGACCCGCUCUGCUCCCACCCAGCUCUGGGCCCUGGGCAAUGCUGCCCGCUGUGCCACGACUGCCUCUUCGAGGGGGAGCUGUACACCAACGGGCAGGCCUUUAACCCCGAGUCUUGCCUCCAGUGCAGCUGCCAGGACGGAAAUGUCCGCUGUGAUAUGAUCCAGUGUCCCGCCACAAGUUGCUCCCACCCGGUGACAGAGCCUGGAGUCUGUUGUCCCCGCUGUAAAGGCUGCGUGUACGAGGGCCGGGAGCGCCCGGAUGGCAGCCGCUGGCUUUCCUCUUCGGUGCCCUGCAUGGCCUGCAUGUGCGUGGACGGCGUGGCCACCUGUGCCGAGAUCGUCUGCAUCAGCUCUUGCAUCAAUCAGAUCAAGGUCCCCGGGGAGUGCUGCCCGCUCUGUGCAGCUUCCCCUGGGACCCAGACCUGGGUUGUGAAGCUGUGCCCCUGGUCUUCUCUUUCUCAUCCUGGAAGGCCGGGUGUUGUGUACUGGGCCACAGUAUUCCAGUUCAGAAAGAAGGGUGAAUUCUCUCUCACACGCGUGCCAGCCUCUACAAGCAGAGCAAAUAAACUGUGGAGGAAAUAUUCUCCGAGAAGGAUCCUUCACACUCCCUCUGCCUCUUCGAAUGCUGGUUCAGCCCAGAUGUGUCUGUUUUCGUUGCAGGAUCUGACCUGGGUUUGUGUCCACCAAGGAUGUCCACUGCUGAGCUGCCCGACUGCCGAGCAGUUCACCCCUCGUGGCGCCUGCUGCCCCAUCUGUGACGAAUGCCUGAUCGAAGUCGACGGGCGACGGGCGUCUGACGGCGAGACCUGGAGGGACAGCGUUGAUGAUUGCGUCACCUGCUCAUGCAGUUUAGGCCACAUCGAGUGCCAUAUCCAGGAAUGUGUCCCUGUGGUGUGCCCGGAGGGCCAGGCGAAAGUGCAGACUCCGGGACGCUGCUGUGCCCAGUGCCAAGAUCCCGGGGGUAGCUGCUCCCACCACGGCCGCACCUUCCAGCCCAACGAGCAGUGGCAGGUGGACGAAUGCACAACCUGCUCUUGUAUCUCUGGGGAGGUGCAUUGCAACAGCAAGAGAUGCCCUCCAGUUGUCUGUGCUGCGGAUGAGACCCCAGCCUGGUUCCCUGGCAUGUGUUGCCCACACUGCGUGCCCCGCCCUGCCACCUGCGUGGCCUUUGGUGACCCACACUACCGCACUUUUGACGGCAAGAUGGUUCACUUCCAGGGGACCUGCACAUAUGUUAUGGCCCAGGACUGUGAUGGAGGAGACUUCAGCAUCCACGUGACCAAUGACGACCACGAGCGCACGGGGGUGUCCUGGACCAAGGAAGUGAUGGUGUUGAUUGGCAAUGUCGCUGUGCAGCUGUUGCAGGACCGGGUUGUCAUGGUAGACUCCCAGACCGUGACCCUCCCCUUCCUCAAGGAACCUCACCUGUACGUCGAGCUAAAGGCCAACACCCUCCUGCUCAACACCAACAUCGGCGUGAAGGUUCUCUGGAAUGGCCGCUCCCACCUGGAGGUCAGCGUGCCCGGCACGUACAAAGGGCGCACGUGUGGGCUUUGCGGCAAUUUCAACAGCUACCCCCAGGACGACCUGCGCCUCCGGUCCGGGCAUCUCACCUUGUCUGAGGCUGCCUUUGGCAACAGCUGGAAGGUGGUCAGGGCCAACGCCACGCAACAAGGCAGGUGUGCCGACGGGCUGGACGUGGACCCCUGCAAAGAGUCCGGGUACCGCUCCCUCAAAGAAGCCAACACCCGUUGCAAGGUGCUGAAGUCGCCGCCGUUCGAGCGCUGCCACGCCGUCGUCCCCCCGGAGCCGUUCUUCGCCUCCUGCGUCUAUGACCUGUGUGCCUGUGGGAUCGCCGGCAGCGACGAGUGCCUCUGCGAGGCCUUGGAAGCCUAUGCCGCUCAGUGCCGCCAUGCUGGGCUGGUGCUGCAUUGGCGGUCGCCCACGCUCUGCGCUGUGGGCUGCCCCCAAGACAGGGGCUACGUGUUUGAUGAAUGCGGACCACCCUGCCCCAAGACCUGCUUUAACCACGCCGUGCCCCUGGGGGUGCUGGAAUCCCACUGCUUCAAACCCUGCGUGCCCGGCUGCCAAUGCCCUGCCGGGUUGGUGGAACAUGAAGCGCACUGUAUCCUGCCUGAGGCCUGUCCUCGCGUCAUCUAUGGCACCCUCUGAGCCGCGGUCGGACUGGGUUGGCCCCGGGGGAGGCAUGCAGCCAUCCUCGGAAGACUGGAGGGACUUUGGAGCGACCUUCUGCGCUCUUCUGGAGGAUCUACGAAUAGCCAAACAACGCCCGCUUCCUUUCCGUCGAGAGAACGUCGAGCCGUCUCCGCAGGGGCGGAUCCUGGCAGAUCUCUCGUUUCUGUUAGGCCCCUUCCGCACACGCAAAAUAAUGCGUUUUCAAACCACUUUCACACCUGUUUGCAAGUGGAUUUUGCCAUUCCGCACAGCUUCAAAGAGCACUGAAAGCAGUUUGGAAGUGCAUUAUUCUGUAUGUGCGGAAUGAGCCUUAGAAGAGUGAUUCUGGUCCUCAUCUGGGGAGAGAAAGAUGGAAACCUCUUCCUUCAGUGCCUAAAAGGAAAAAAAUGUCCAAGACAAGCCAAACAUUUGAACCGUGAAGCCACAAUAAAUUAUUUCAAAAAAACCUA